ACUGUGUCGCUUGCUUGCAGCUUACCCUCGCCUCAAGCUACGUGAAUCGCUUCGCUGUUUGACACGCGGUUGUACAGCAGCUUUCUAUCCAUCCGGACAGAGCGCUGUCCAUCGCCAUCUAUAAUCAGCCAUGGCCAACAGAGUCGAGCCCGGAACAGAGGCUGUAAAGACAGUUCGAGUGGCCAAAUGGUAUUUCGGCGGAUGCGCUGGGGCGAUGGCAGCCUGCUGUACCCAUCCUCUGGACCUUUUGAAGGUCGUCCUACAAACCAAGAACCAGGGUGCUCCCGGUCAGAAGGUCGGAAUAUUAGCGAGCACAAGAAGCAUAUACAAAGCCAACGGAAUAAUCGGAUUUUAUAACGGGCUCUCGGCUUCACUGUUACGUCAACUGACUUAUUCCACCACAAGGUUCGGCCUUUACGAAGUUGUUCGACAAAAAAUAUCGAAACCUGGGCAGAAUAUGGUUUUCUAUGAGAAAUUCGGUGCCGGUUUCUUAUGCGGCGCGGCCGGGGGCUUCGUAGGAACUCCGGCUGAUAUGAUAAAUGUGCGAAUGCAAAACGAUAUGAAACUGCCUCCGGAACAGAGAAGAAAUUACAAGAACGCCGUGGACGGACUCUACCAGGUCUUGCGUAGGGAAGGAGUCCUACAUCUCUUUAAUGGAGCCUCAACCGCGACGAUGCGGGCAUCGGUCGUCUCAGUCGGGCAGAUCUCUUUUUACGAACAAGUAAAAGAAAUGCUGCUGUCAACUCCCUAUUUCGACGACGGAAUAUACGCUCACUUCGUUUCGAGCUUCGCCGCGGGUGCUAUCGCAACAACUCUGACUCAGCCCCUCGAUGUCCUGAAGACUCGGAUGAUGAAUGCCGCUCCGGGCGAAUACAAAGGCCUCAUGGACUGCAUCCUACAAACAGCGAAACAGGGUCCGAUGACAUUCUACAAAGGAUAUAUACCGGCUUUCGUGCGACUGGGUCCUCACACGAUAUUGAUGUGGAUCUUCCUAGAGCAGAUGAGACAAAAUUUCGGAGAUCUGAAAAUCGUCACAUGAAAGGAAUAUAUCUAAGUAGACCCGUAAGAGCGCACGGAUCAGCGGUGAUUCCGGGUCGUAGUCCGUCAGUAAUAGCGACUGUCCCGGAGUCGACGGGAAGUCUUUCGCGGAGAGAAUCAGAGGUCGCCUUAAUUUCGGUCCUGGACUAAGCUGGUCCCGGGUCCGAUGCCUAGUCGUAGAAAGCGAUGUGCGGAGCUUGAAACAAUAUACCGACCUCCUGACCAUGCCUUUUUUCAAACGGACAAUUUACUCGGUUCCUGAAAUGCCUUAAUGUUCCGCGCGAACUUUGUUGUAACGUUCUUCGGGGGAAGCCGGAUGAAUACUAGGACAAUUCUGUAAUUUAACUUUGUGUCGGUGAUCAUUUAUUAUUGCGCUGAACACAGAUCGAGAAAUGUACACAUACCUGCAUAGCAACUAAUCAAGACUUUUCGUGGCGCACCCUGUGCGGAGUGUUAAGGACGGUCUUCCGGAAUCGAUCAUGGCAAGCUCAGACGUUUUCAGUCCUCUGAACGAUACCAAAGGCAAUCUUUAAUUAUUCGUUGUCCCGUCUGUUGACGUUGUUGAACAUUCCAUUAUACCUCCAAUAUAUUUCAACAACUAACUGUGGUAUCCAGACGUAGCUCGUAUCGAGUGCUCAUUUGUUGUAGAUUCUGAAUUACUGAGCAAUGAUUCCGAUGCGCCUCGGCAACGAGUAUUCAAUCGAUGAUCGAAUAGAGUCUAGUGCAGGGGAACUGCACUAGGGAUACG